GGGUUCCGGGCUGGCGGGCUGUUGCUGUGGAGACGCCUGGUGAGUUCCCCCCGCUGCAGGUCUGGGGGCUGCACCGGCGUAGGGUAGCGGCUUGAUUGAGCCUGGGGUGCGGGCCGGAGAGUCUGUCGGCGCGGGACCGAGUCAUGUGAAGACGCUGGGGGUUCCUCGGGCAGCUCCAGUGCCACCGUUGGGAAACCGAGGCCGGAGAGCGGGAGGACCCAGGCCCGGCUGCCCCGCGGGCUUCACCGCUCGCGCCGCCGCCCCGCGUGCCACGCCUGAGUUGUGGCCAGCGGAGUGGUUUGCAGUAACGGCAGGAGCCACCAUUGAUUGAGCGUCUGCCUGGUGCAAAGCCUGGCAACCUUUAUUUCACCUUCACAGCAGCCCUGAGAGAUCUGUGGACUGGUGCAGCCAUUGCCAGUGAUGGGAGCACAGUUCUGCCAGUGCUGAAUCUCUCUGAACAUGAUUCGAAUUGCAGCCUUAAAUGCCAGCUCCACAGUUGAGGAUGAUCAUGAGGGAAGCUUUAAAAGUCACAAAACUCAGACAAAGGAGGCUCAGGAAGCAGAGGCUUUUGCCUUGUACCACAAAGCCCUGGAUCUGCAGAAACAUGACCGGUUUGAGGAAUCCGCCAAAGCCUACCAUGAGCUCCUGGAGGCACGCCUGCUACGGGAGGCUGUCUCAUCUGGUGACGAGAAAGAAGGGUUGAAACACCCUGGGCUAAUACUGAAAUAUUCUACAUACAAGAAUCUGGCCCAGCUGGCGGCCCAGCGGGAGGAUUUGGAGACAGCCAUGGAGUUGUACUUGGAGGCAGUGAUGCUGGACUCCACAGAUGUCAACCUCUGGUAUAAAAUUGGACAUGUGGCCCUGAGGCUCGUCCGGGUCCCUCUGGCUCGACAUGCUUUUGAGGAAGGGCUGAGGUGCAAUCCUGACCACUGGCCCUGCUUGGACAACCUCAUCACUGUCCUGUACACCCUCAGCGAUUACACAACGUGUCUGUACUUCGUCUGCAAAGCCUUGGAGAAGGAUUGUCAGUACAGCAAAGGCCUGGUCCUCAAGGAGAAGAUCUUUGAGGAGCAGCCUUGUCUCCGGAAUGACUCUCUCCGGAUGUUCCUCCGAUGUGACAUGUCCAUCCAUGAUGUGUCUGUGAGUGCAGCUGAGGCGCAGGCUGUCGUCGACGAGGCUCUGGAGCUGCGGAGAAAGAGGCAGGCGCUGAUUGUUCGGGAGAAAGAGCCGGACCUGAAGCUGGUGCAGCCCAUUCCCUUCUUCACCUGGAAGUGCCUCGGAGAGAGCUUGCUUGCCACGUACAACCACCUCACCACCUGUGAGCCCCCAAGGCCCAGCCUUGGCAAGAGGAUCGACCUGUCUGACUACCAGGACCCCAGUCAGCCUCUUGUGCCCUCCAUGGUGGUGACGCCUGUCACUGUGAUCCAGCCAAGCACUGUCAGCACCAACCCAGCUGUGGCCGUGACCGAGCCAGCGCUCUCCUAUACCUCUGUGGCCACAGCCAGCUUUCCACUUCACAGCCCUGGGCUGUUGGAGACAGGUGAUGUUUCUGGGGGAGAUAAAUCCAAGAAAGGGGUAAAGCGGAAGAAGAUUUCAGAAGAGAGUGGAGAGACAGCAAAGCGACGGUCUGCCCGUGUCCGAAAUACCAAGUGCAAAAAAGAAGAGAAAGUCGACUUCCAGGAGCUUCUGGUGAAGUUCCUGCCGUCCAGGUUAAGAAAGCUCGACCCCGAGGAGGAAGAUGAUUCCUUCAAUAACUAUGAAGUCCAGUCAGAAGCCAAACUGGAAAGUUUCCCAAGCAUCGGUCCUCAUAGACUGUCAUUUAACUCAGCCACAUUCAUGGAAUCUGAGAAGCAGGAUGUGCAUGAGUUCCUGGUGGAGAACCUGACCAACGGAGGCAUCCUGGAGCUGAUGAUGCGCUUCCUGAAGGCCAUGGGCCACAAGUUUCUGUUGAGGUGGCCGCCAGGCCUGGCGGAGGUCGUGCUCAGCGUCUACCACAGCUGGAGGAGGCACAGCGGCAGCCUGCCCAACCCGCUGCUGAGAGACUGCAGCAACCGGCACAUCAAGGACAUGAUGCUGAUGUCUCUCUCCUGCAUGGAGCUGCAGCUGGACCAGUGGCUGCUGACCAAAGGCAGAAGCUCUGCAGUGUCUCCUCGGAAUUGCCCUGCUGGUGUGGUGAAUGGCAGGUUUGGUCCAGACUUCCCAGGGACCCACUGCCUGGGUGACCUCCUACAGCUGUCAUUGGCCUCGUCCCAGCGUGACCUAUUUGAGGAUGGCUGGCUGGAGUUUGUGGUCCGUGUUUAUUGGCUCAAGGCUCGCUUCCUGGCACUGCAGGGAGACAUGGAGCAGGCACUGGAGAACUAUGACAUCUGCACAGAAGUGCUCCAGAGCUCUGCAGCCAUCCAGACAGAGGCUGGCGCCGAGCCAAGAGACACUGUCAUCCGACUGCCCAACCUCCAGAAUGAUUCCAUUGUUUCCUUGGAGGAGAUUGAUAAGAACCUGAAGUCGCUGGAGCGGUGCCAAUCCCUGGAGGAAAUUCAGCGGCUUUAUGAAGCCGGCGACUAUAGGGCUGUCAUACAGCUGCUCUGCCCUACUCUGUGCACCAGUGGAUUUGACCGGGCCAAACAUCUGGAGUUUGUGACGUCCAUCCCUGAGCGGCCGGCCCAGCUGCUGCUGCUGCAGGACUCCUUGCUCCGGCUGAAGGACCACCAGCAGUGUUUUGAGUGUUCUGAAGUGGCUCUGAAUGAGGCUGUCCAGCAGAUGGUGAAUUCGAGCGACACUGCAGCCAAGGAGGAAUGGGUGGCCACAGUGACCCAGCUGUUGAUAGGCAUCGAGCAGGCACUGUCUGCAGAUAGUAGCGGCAGCAUCCUAAAGGAAUCAUCCUCUGCCACUGGCCUUGUCCGUCUCACCAACAACCUCAUCCAGGUCAUCGACUGUAGCAUGGCUGUGCAAGAGGAGGCCAAGGAGCCCCACGUCUCCUCAGUGCUGCCCUGGAUCAUCCUGCAUCGGAUCAUUUGGCAAGAAGAAGACACCUUCCACUCUCUGUGCCACCAGCAGCAGCUCCAAAACCCAGCAGAGGAAGGAAUGUCAGAGUCGCCCAUGCUCCCAUCGUCCCUCAUGCUGCUCAACACAGCCCAUGAGUAUUUGGGCAGGAGGUCCUGGUGCUGCAAUUCAGACGGGGCUCUGCUGCGGUUCUACGUGCGUGUUCUCCAAAAGGAGCUUGCUGCAUCUACCUCUGAAGACACACACCCCUACAAGGAGGAGCUGGAGACAGCCUUGGAGCAGUGCUUCUACUGCCUGUACAGCUUCCCCAGCAAGAAGAGCAAGGCCAGGUACCUGGAGGAGCACUCAGUCCAGCAGGUGGAUCUUAUAUGGGAGGAUGCCCUGUUUAUGUUUGAGUAUUUUAAGCCCAAGACUCUUCCUGAAUUUGAUAGCUACAAGACCAGCACAGUGUCUGCUGACUUGGCCAACCUCUUGAAGAGAAUUGCAACCAUUGUGCCCCGCACAGAGCGUCCAGCUCUGAGUUUGGACAAAGUCUCUGCCUACAUAGAAGGGACCUCAGCUGAGGUACCCUGCCUCCCAGAAGGGGCUGACCCUUCUCCUCCAGUGGUGAAUGAGCUCUACUACCUCUUAGCUGAUUAUCAUUUCAAAAACAAGGAGCAGUCCAAGGCCAUCAAGUUCUACAUGCAUGACAUCUGCAUCUGCCCCAACAGGUUCGAUUCCUGGGCAGGCAUGGCGUUGGCCCGGGCCAGCCGCAUUCAGGACAAGCUGAAUUCCAAUGAGCUGAAGAGUGAUGGGCCCAUCUGGAAGCAUGCCACACCAGUCCUGAACUGCUUCCACCGGGCCCUGGAGAUCGACAGCUCCAACCUGUCGCUGUGGAUUGAGUAUGGUACCAUGUCUUACGCCUUGCACUCAUUUGCCUCACGCCAGCUGAAGCAAUGGAGAGCUGAGCUGCCUCCUGAGCUUGUGCAGCAGAUGGAGAGCCGGCGAGACAGCAUGCUGGAGACAGCCAGGCACUGUUUCACGUCAGCAGCCCACUGCGAGGGUGAUGGUGAUGAGGAAGAGUGGCUCAUCCACUACAUGCUGGGCAAGGUUGCUGAGAAGCAGCAGCAGCCGCCUGCCGUUUACCUGCUGCACUACAGGCAAGCUGGCCACUACCUACAUGAGGAGGCCGCCCGCUACCCCAAGAAGAUCCACUACCACAACCCACCUGAGCUGGCCAUGGAGGCCCUGGAGGUAUAUUUCCGGCUCCAUGCUUCCAUCCUGAAGCUCCUGGGGAGACCUGAUUCUGGGGUUGGUGCAGAGGUCCUGGUCAACUUUAUGAAGGAGGCAGCAGAAGGACCCUUUGCCAGGGGCGAGGAGAAGAAUACACCCAAAGCUUCGGAAAAGGAGAAGGCCUGCCUGGUGGACGAGGACUCCCACUCUUCAGCUGGGACACUGCCGGGCCCCGGAGCCUCCCUCCCCUCCUCCUCUGGCCCAGGUCUGACAUCCCCACCUUACACAGCUACUCCGAUUGACCACGAUUACGUCAAAUGUAAAAAACCCCACCAGCAGGCGACGCCGGACGACCGCAGCCAGGACAGCACAGCCGUGGCUCUGUCAGACUCCAGCUCAACGCAGGACUUCUUUACUGAGCCUACUAGCUCACUGGAAGGCUCCCGGAAGCCCUUUACAGAGAAGAAGCUGCCCACUGUCAGUUCCCAAGCAGGACCAACCAGUAAAGACCUUCCAGGGGCUGCAGAAGAAAGAGGAAAAUCUGAGGAGUCCUUGGAGAGUGCUGAAGGCUUCCGGGCUACAGAGCAGGGUGGUCAGAAGCCUGCUGCAGAUGCCCCAGCCACUGCUUGCAUCCCCCUCAAGCCCCCAGCACCUGCACCUGCCUUCUGGGAUGGAAGGAAGAGAGGGGACCCCCUGGGGGAGCCAGUGGCCUUUCCCCAGGGCCUGCCAACGGGCGCUGAGGAACAGCGGCAGUUCCUCACUGAGCAGUGCAUCGCCUCCUUCCACCUGUGCCUGAGCCGCUUCCCGCAGCACUACAAGAGUCUCUACCGGCUGGCCUUCCUCUAUACCUACAGCAAGACCCACCGGAACCUCCAGUGGGCCCGCGACGUGUUGCUAGGCAGCAGUAUCCCAUGGCAACAGCUGCAGCACAUGCCGGCACAGGGGCUCUUCUGCGAGAGGAACAAGACCAAUUUCUUCAAUGGCAUCUGGCGGAUCCCCGUGGAUGAGAUCGACCGGCCAGGCAGCUUCGCCUGGCAUAUGAACCGCUCCAUCGUGCUGCUGCUUAAGGUGCUGGCCCAGCUGCGGGACCACAGCACACUGCUCAAGGUGUCCUCCAUGCUGCAGCGAACCCCAGACCAGGGCAAGAAGUAUCUGCGAGAUGCUGACCGCCAGGUUCUGGCACAGAGGGCCUUCAUCCUCACUGUGAAGGUGCUGGAGGACACACUGAGCGAGCUCGCAGAGGGGUCAGAACGCUCUAAGGCCUGUGUCCUCCCAGUAGCCAGGAUGACCACCGAUGUCUCACACAAGGCCAGUCCCGAGGAUGGCCAGGAGGGCCUUCCUCAACCCAAGAAGCCCCCUCUGGCUGAUAACUCAGUGCCAGGGCCUGAGCCAGGGGGAAAAGUGGGUCCCAUCAGUCACCGGCCUGUGGCCAUGGACGCAGGAGAUAGUGUAGACCAAGGCAAGGAGUGGAAGGACAAGGAAAGACCCCGGGCUGGGCCCACCGAGCCCAUGGACACAGGUGAGGCUGCUGGUCGCCACUCAGACUUGGAGCAGACACCACCCCUGCUGCCAGGCCAACCGCCAAGGGACCGGGGCCCUGAGAGCCGGCCCACUGAGCUGUCUCUGGAGGAGCUGAGCAUUAGUGCCCGGCAGCAGCCCACCCCGCUCCCCCCAGUCCAGCCAGCCUCUGUCCCCACUGCUGCCACCACCACAGGGGCCAGGGGUGGCCACCCUGAAGAGCCACCUCCACGGCACAGCCGCAAGAGGAAGCUCCUGGAGGACACAGAGCUGGGCAAGACACUCUUGCUGGAUGCCUACCGCGUGUGGCAGCAGGGCCAGAAGGGUGUGGCCCACGACCUGGGCCGCGUGGAGAGGAUCAUGUCUGAGACCUACAUGCUCAUCAAGCAGGUGGAUGAGGAUGCUGCACUGGAGCAGGCUGUGAAAUUCUGUCAGGUCCACCUCGGGGCUGCUGCCCAGAGACAGGCUUCAGGGGACAUGCCUACCACCCCAAAACACCCCAAGGACAGCCGAGAGAACUUCUUUCCUACGGCAGUGGCCCCAACAGCCCCUGACCCAGUGCCAGCCGAUGCUCUCCAGCGCCCCAGUGAUGCUCACACCAAGCCUCGCCCUGUACCGGCUACCACCACAGCUGUUGUCACCUGCCCUCCCUCAGCAUCAACCUGUACCCCAGAUCCCCCCAAGGACCCUGGGGCUCCCCUGCCACACAGACCCGAGGCCACCCCCAGUGUGGUAUCUCUGGGCCCAGAGGGAGGAGAGCUGGUGAGAGCAGCAGACGGCGCUGGGUCACCACUCCAGGAGCCACGGCACAGUCAGCAGGGGAAGACGGCCCCCACAGGUGCCCCAGCAGAGCCACAUUGCUGGCCCACGGAGGCUGCUCCCCGGACAGGCACAGAGCCCACCUGCAGCCAAGCUACCAGCUCCAAGGUCCCCUGCAGUGGGAGUGGCCAGGCACCUGAGGGCCACUCAGGCAAGGCAGAGCCCAGCUGGGCCAAGUCACGCCUCCUGCCCAACAUGCCAAAGCUGGUCAUCCCCUCUGCCGCCACCAAGUUCCCACCUGAGAUCACCGUCACGCCACCCACCCCAACCCUGCUCUCCCCCAAAGGCAGCAUCUCAGAGGAGACCAAGCAAAAGCUGAAGUCAGCCAUCCUUUCCGCCCAGUCGGCUGCCACUGUGAGGAAAGAGAGUCUGUGCCAGCCAGCCCUGGAGGUCCUGGAGACAUCCAGCCAGGAGUCCUCACUGGAGAGUGAGACAGAUGAGGAUGAUGACUACAUGGACAUCUGAGGGACCACUGGAGCCACACCCAGGUGACAGACGAGGAUGACAACUACAUGGACAUCUGAGGGGCCACUGGAGCCCCACAGCCACACCCGGGGGGACCAGCCAGCCUUGGCACACCCCACAGCCUGGACCCUGAGCAAGGCCAGAGGCCUACAUGGGACAACAUCACCCACCCAGACCCCAGGCCUGCCUAGCCCUCCUCUUCGUGGCACCCUCCCACUGUGUGGGAGCCCAGAGGUGACAGAGAGGUGGCCUGUCUUAGCCAUGCAAAGGUGGAGGGGUCACGAUCUACAGGGCUGGGCAGCAUCUUUUUCUAUGAAAUGGUGACUUUGUAAACCUUUCCACGGUCAGCCACACCCCACCUGACUCUGGGACACACUGGGCUCUGCCCAUGUCGCAGUGAAGGGGUCAUUCAGGGCCAGGCUUGCCCCACACCGUUUUUUUGGUUUCUUUUCUAAUAAAGGUUCAACAGUA